AUGUCCUUUUCGCUGCUUAGUUUUUCUCGGCGGGGAACCAGCGUGCCUCCGCGUGACCUGUUGUUACUUCGCAUGGGGUGGCUUUUGCCACACAGCACGAACCGCGGUUGUUCUUGUUACUGCAGCUAUAGCUUUUGUCAUUGCAGCAGACGAUACUUUUGGAAUCCAUUUGCGACUCAUCGCGGAGUGAACGAGGCGGCUGAACCGCCAAGCAACAACACCGUCCAGCAUCAACGCAUUGUGGAGAAGGCACACCGAGAUGCGUCAUUACAUAAUGAGCGGCUUCUGGAUGCAUGUCUAGACCUCUUGGCGCUGUGUGGGAAUGGGAGUGACGCAUCAGGGGCAAAGAUGAUGGACAGCCGUGAUGGCUGCACGAGAAUCGAUGCCGAUGCCAUUGACGUCAUAGCCGCAGUGGUGGAGUCGACCCUACAUGACUUUCGCCAGACCCCAUCCGAGCAGUUUGAUCUCGUCUAUUCUGCCCUCUGUUUACCGAUAGCCACGACCAAUCGUCAAGUAAAUCGCUGCCUCAUGGUCAUCCUUGAGGCGUUUCUACCCGAACUUCUCUUUCGCAUGUUUGAGGGCGAGGAUUUGAUUGUGGUGGGCCCCGAUGACGCCUCACGACGCGAGGCCCUUUUUCGCUUUGUGCACGCGCUGCUCGGGCGGGCAGAAGUCCCGGACGGGGUUGAGAGCGAGGAGGUGGUGCUUGUGUACCUGGACGAUGUACGCGCCGUUUUUCCGUCGCUCCGAAACAAUCCUGCCUUUUUAGAAUUGGAGGCGAAUGCCACCAGCAUUGCGAUGAAGGCAAGGCUGUUUGCGUUGCUCUCGCAGUUGUGUGUGGAGUUUGACAAGGCGGGAACGGGCAAAGUGGAUUUGGCUGAACUGCAGGCCACAGCAACUCGGGUACUGGGGGAGAAGAAAGCCCGCAUGUUGCUUGAUGGGGCCCAGCCGGACAAGGACGGCAAGAUACGGUACACGCAACUCACUUCACUAUUGACGCGUCCACCGCCCCGGCAAUAA